GCACGCGCAUUUGAUAUGCCUUAAACAUGGCAGUGUGUGUUUUAUUUGUCGUCCCUGCAAGUGUAGUAACACAACAAAUUAUCAAAGUGAAAUGUAGUAUUAAAUAUUGUUAUGAUGAACGCGGGAUAUAAUUGUCGGAUUAAAGAAUUAUAUAUCCGUAAUACCGCAGGCAAAGUUAUUAUCUAUGUAAACCUAGGUACCGUAAAGUACUACUAGGAAGUGAGUGAUAUAAAUGCGCUCGGCUAUUAGUGUUAUUUUGUCGAGUCCGGUACCCGACAACAAGAUGUCUCAUCCUGAUUACGAGCAAACUGCUCAUGAUCAUGCAGCAUUGCUUCUACUUUUGAGGCCUAUUGGCACACAAAUCAAACAAAAGACUAUUACCAGGUUAUGUGAACGAAUAAUGAAAGCAGGCAGCAGAUUCUCUGUGGCCGAUUCUACUGGUGGAACGCGCGAAAUUCUUGCUAGAUUCGUUAGAGAACAUCCUGUUGAAAAUAACGAUUGGGGAGAUUUUCAAACUCACAGAAGAUUGUUAGGGUUAAUUACUUUUGGCAAAUAUGACAAUCAAGUGGAGUUAAACGAGUUGUGCAGAGUCCAUGAGACUUUAAAAGUAAAGUACAGUGCAACAUUGUAUGAUUCACGUGCUAUUCUUUUUGGACCAUUAGAAUCAAAUAACGCUCAUGAACCACCAGCAUCAUAUAGUACACCUUCGAAUUUCAAAACCAGAGCUGUGUUUUAUACAGACGAGACAUGUCCUGAUCUCGAAGUUCAUGUAAUGGAGUGCCUCAAUUCUUUAUUCUGGAUUUUGGAAUCCAAAAGAUUAGAAAGAUCAAGAGAAAAGAUAGACCGGGUCUCUCUUUUACUAGCUCCUUUUGAAAAGAAAGAUUUUAUAGGAUUAGAUCUUGAAUCUAGGAAUAAUAGAAAAAGAUGUGUAGGUCGCAUGACAAAACAUUUGGGUGAUUUAUGUCUCCAAGCUGGUCUACCAGCAGAUGCUUUGAGCAAUUAUAAUUCUGCAGCUAGCGUACUACAAGCUGUAAAUGAUUGGUUGUGGCUAGGAGCAGCAUUCGAAGGUUUAUGUGCUGCAUCUGCUUUAGUGCUAUAUCCAAAUAUGUGUAGAAGUCUUCCAUUGCAGAGAAACUCUUCUCUUCAAGAAGGAAGUCCAGGUAAGCAGAGAAGAGGUUCACAAGCUGUGGCAACUUUGCUAUCACCCCCAGCUAUAGAGGUGGUAAAGAGUAAUAUGCCACAUAUUUUGCUACCUGAAGAAAUAUCAAAAAAGUAUCGCGAGGCAAUAGUACAUUACAGUAAAUAUCAAUAUGCUGGAAUAAUUGAGACAGAAGCUAGCUUUAAGGCUACAAGAAUUUCAAUAGAGCAAAAUUGUACUUUACAAGCUGCUUCAUACUUAAAUAAUGUCAUACUUAUAAAUUUACCAUUAAGUGAGCAAGAAAAAAUUGAUCGGUUCACUACAUUAUCAGAUUUAUACACAAGUUUUGGUUUUAUAAGAAAAGCAUCAUUUUGUCUAAGAUUAGCUGCAACAAGACAUGUAUCUCAAAAUAAUCCUAAUCCAGAUUGGCAACAGUGUUAUAAUUUAAUGUUACAAGCUACUUCUGGAUUUAAAUUGUCCUUAGAUCCUGUUGAUAUGUCUCCUGAAAACCAUAGAGGCUGGCCAGUUAUACAAAUUCAGGUAAUAAAUGAACUUGUUACUGCCGCUAAUCGCAUGGGUAAUCCAGCAUUGGCGACGAGACACAUGACAUUUCUACUUCAAACGAUGUACAAUUACUUAACUCCUAAUGAACGUAAAGAAACCGCUUUGCAACUUCAAAAUGUAUCUCAACAAUGCGAAGGCGCUCCCGUACCUCUCGUUUUAGAUUCUGGUACAGUUAUACCGCCUGCUAAUUUAACGAAUAUUCCAAAAACUAAAUCAUUUAUUUUAAAAAAUAUGCAACCACAUCUUCAACCUCAAAAGAUUGAAAGAGUCAAAGAAGAUCAUGGCCCAUUUUUAUUUACACCCAUUAACUUUGGAUCUUUAGAGAGGAAAAAUAUAUCUAAGAGUAAAGUUGAUUAUUUAUGGGUAGAAGGUGAUAUUUGCGAAGUAUCCAUGCAACUUAUUAAUCCCUUACCGUUUGAACUUCACGUUUCCAAUAUGAGGCUUCUUACAAAUGGUGUAGUAUUCGAGUCAAUUCCCGAAAGUAUUACGCUUCCUGCUGAAUCAGGACCAAUUGCGGUAACAUUAGCGGGCAGGCCUAAAGAAAUUGGAGAUUUAGAGAUUCUCGGCUUUAGUACGCAUACAUUAGGGGUGAAAUCAAAUUGUAGAUUAAGGUAUAUGGAGGGAAUGGUUCACUCUCAAUAUACUGUCGAGGUAGUUCCAGCUUUACCAAGAAUAGAAGUAGUCACAAGUUUACCUCAAACUGCAAGCUUUAGCUCCGGAGAUAAUAUAGUGACUAGCGCAAGUAUAUCACUAUAUGGCGGAGAAAGUGCCGAAUGUACUGUAACGAUUACAAAUAUUGGCCAAGUUCCUAUCGAAACAAUCGAACUAUCAAUACAAUCAACAUUAGACACAUUACUCGAAAGUAAAAUAUUUAAAUGGAGCGAUAAAAAUUUUAUGGCACAGUUACCCAUACAACCCGGCGCUAGUGCCAGUCUUACAUUGUAUUUAUAUGCGGCUACAGAUUUUAUAGCACCUACAUCGCGAAAUGAUAUUAGCAGCAGUACGUAUCUCAGUCAGCCGAGCAGCUUAAUGUCUCAUUCAGGACACAGCUCGUUACCAUCUAGAUUAAGUUCCCCGUCGCAUACAAAGAGACAAUCCGAAUUAACUUCCUCAUUCAGAUCAGGUUUAAGUUCUCAUUCGGGCCAUUCUUCUUUGGCAAGUUCGCGUUUAUCCAAGCUCGCAGUUCCAUUACAUACUUCAAAUGUUGUCGAAGGGCAAUUGAAAAUAAAGUAUUCGGGUGGUACAGGUCUAACGGCAGGUUAUUGUCGUAUAUCAUCAGUUUUUAUCACAAUUGAGAUGUUGCCUAGUGUACAAAUUACAAAUUGGGAUGUACUUCCAGCAGAAACGCCGUCACAAUUUUAUCUCGUGUUAGAUUUAACAAAUAUGACUAAUCAUGAAAUGGAAUUGCAUUAUACACAAACUAAAUGUAUAUACAUGGAGGGUAAAGAGCCUUGUAGAAUUCCUGUACCGGUUGAUAGAUGUCCACUUAAUAAAUUAUCAAUGUUAAAUGGGGCAGGUGAUAUCGGAGAACUACAAAAAGUUUGUUCCGAGCAUAUAGCUUCAUUAGUUGACCUACGGUGGCAAUUAUUGGGCACGGAAUCGAUCGGUAAAGCAACCCUUUCUGGCAUCACUCUCACCCAAGAUAUGUUGGAUCUCGUUAGAAUGAGUCCCUUACAAUGGGAAAUCAAAAUAAACGAUGUAACUGUAAAGGCACAAGAUGAACUUACGUGUAGUUUAGGUGAAUGCGUUAGUGUCGGAAUAGGGAUAUGUAAUGCUUUGGAACAUCCACUAAGUGAUCUUAUGUUAACUAUAAAUUUUUAUCAAGAUCACCAUAAUGGUGUAAAUAAUUAUCAAUUAGAAACGAGAUUAUCCAUUGCUGGCGCAAAUAGAGUCAUGCUUCCAGCAUUACAGGAAUAUGGACGAGUUUAUCACGAAUGUCGUGUAGUAUUCUUUACAGCUGGACAGUAUAAAAUAGAUAUUCAAUGUAGUAGUAAAGAGUCAACUCCAAAUACGCCAGUUCUUUGUUCGGAAUUGAUAAACGCUGGACAUACGUGGCGUUAUAUACCACCGAUAGAAAUAACUGUCGAUGAUUACUGAUGUAAAUGAAAUUAUUAAAUGUGUGAUUUAUUAGACAGAGAGAAAAAUAAAAUGUAUUUAUGCUUUGUUAUUAUCACUGUAUGCAGUAAGAUGUAAAAACUUUUACUUUUUUUAAUAAACUAUCAAAGAAUAAUUGGUUUCUAUGAAUAUUCCAUUCCAAUAUAUUUAUAUUUUACAUAUUUACUUUACAGAUAUGCCGCUAUACGCGCUGCCGGUAAAAAGCACAUUUUUACUACUGAGCAGUACACUCGAAUUUCUAUUUUGUUCUUCUGCAAUUUGCCCUAUAUAGAUUUCAACGGUAACUUCGUCAAUAAGGUUUCCUUUUCUUUGAUACAAAAUUUUUUCGAAUUUCGCGAAGAUUAUUUCUGGCUAAAUAUAACCCCAACCCCAACUAAAAUUUCAAUUUAAAUUUUCUUUAAAAUCGAACCUUGUGAAUUAGUCUCUCGAAUGUAACAUACGUUACUGCACAACUGUCUUGAUGCAUUUUUGCUUAUGAAAAUAAGUUGAUCAAACUGCGCGCCAUAUCCUAGGGACGUUUUUUACUCUCCAAAGAAAGUUCUUUGCUGUAAAUGGUUGGCCGUUCGUUACUAGUUACUAGUAGAUAUAGAUAUUUUUGGACUUUAGGUAAAAUGGAAGGGUAGAAGAUUACGGUCAUGUGAAUCAUUUAUAUGGCCGUGUAGAAUAUAUAGUUUAUAGGGCAAUCCUUUCGCUAGCUAAUUCAAGGGCAGUGCUGCCAGUCACCUCAAGGCUACAAUGCCAUGUGAUUUAUAAUUAAAGCCUUAUCAAUAUCGCCCUUGUGUCGGAGGUCAGGGCAGGAAUGGUUGUGUGUGUUCAUGUGUACGUGUGUGUGUGAAAUGAAAAUGAGAAUGUGUGGUCUCCUCCGUAAUCGACGGAACUGCCUUUGAGUAAACUACAGAAGGUAUUUACCCUAUAGUAUAUUGACAUUUUUUAAAAAUAUAAACUAGGACGUGUGGCUGAUACUAAAUUAUUGUAUUUCACUUUAUCAAACUAUAUCAAUACCACAAUUUGAUUAUGGCAUUUAUGAUUAAUAGUUACAUACAUAAACUCGAAUGCAAAUAAUAAAUAAUACAUUUGUCGCGUUAAAACAAAGUACUGUAUGUAACUUAACGAUUCAUACAAAUCUAGUUAUUUGUUUUACGUUAACUUAUAGUUCAAAGAUAGCAAUAAUUAAUAAAAUCUUUAUAUGUUGGACAGAUGUUGAUAACUUACACGAUACUUUUGUCAUCACCAUAUUUACAAAAUGGUGUUAAUCCUCGUAGCUAUUCAUUUAAAUGGAGACAUAUAAAUAGAUGUACAUAUAAUAUACAUACAUAUAUUGUCUGACAUUUAACAUAGAAAAAAUCAGAGUGCGGGUCAUCUGCUUCAAGGCUUACUCGUUGAAAAAAUACUGCGUUCUGUGAUAUGAAAUUCCACUGGAACAACACGCGAUUUAUUUUCCUUCUAUCGGCACAUUAUAUCAUAAUGCCGCCUUUUACUGUUAUUUUACUUCCAUGUUUCACUUCCUCGUUUGUACGACAUGUAGUCACUGGUAACUUUAAAGAGAAGCAUAAGCCAGAAGACAACACAGUGAAUUGUUUUUUCCGAAAAAUCGUUCGUGCGCAGAAAAAUAUGAGAUGCAUAUAUUUGCAUGAAGUUACAGGCACUCAAAUCAGCUACACUGUUAUUCUUUUUUUUUCUCAAUUUCUUUUUUUUUCGGGUUUAACCCACGUCUUCGAGCUUAUACUCUGAAUCUCGUUUUAACGAGGCAUGACGUUCUCAAGAGAAGUAUUAUUUGGCAACGGACAUAUUUAAUGACACGAUUAUAAUUGACUAUCAGACUGCGUUACGCAUACGUACAACUUAAAAUAAUAAUGACGCGGGAAUGUUAAUUAUUUCAAAUAUGCAAUGCUUCGCUUUCAUUUUCAUUUUAAACCGCAAAAUUUCCAACUCGUUAAAUUAAACUGCACGUCAUACGGAAUCGUUUGAACUCGUCUUAAAUAUGGAACAUGUACGUAGGACAAUCGAAAGUUCGACGGCGGUAUACUAGUAUGUAUACUUCGUACGACUAAUUAAUUAACUAUGGUUACUAGCUGCUUGGCAAAAUGGUCAAGAUUAUGGGCAACGAUCAUGCAUACAAUGCAAAAAUGGAUCACGGAUUAAUACUGUACAUACUAAUAUGUAUAUCUGAAAAUGAACAAAUUCUAGGUUAGGAGAUUCUAGGAGAAAAAUGACACCACGAAAAAACAUUUAUCUUAACGUUUGUACACUGAUUUUGUGAAAUGUAAAAUUGACUAGUGCUACGAAUGGAAAACUUUAAUUUUUCGGGUGCCUGCGGCCUCUAGCUGAAUAUUACCAAAUAUUCUUACUAAACAGAGCGUUUAAUUCAACAAAGGAUACUUAAUAUGCACCUAUACAUAUUGCACAUGCCCUUUAAUCAAACGUAGCUUUGUUAUCUUAAACCAUUUUACGUGUAAAAUUAACUCUUAACCAAAUAACCUUUCCUAUUUGUAAGUAUAUCUAAAAUUAAAAUUAUUAUUAUUGUACCUUUAAAAAUGACUAAAAAUUAUGAUUUUUAAUAUUCAGCCUAUGAGGUGCCACGUUGACCUUUGCUACUAUAUGGAUGGAUUACAUGUAUUGGGCCUUUGCGGGCAUAAAAACUCUACAUGAACAAGAGACCUCCCAUAUUUUAUCGUUUCUUUCACUUAUCAUAUAUAUACCGGAUCUAUGAUACGCUACCGUCAUAAAUAUAAUCAUAGUGGAGACUUUUUGACUUCAAUGAUUCGUACCUUUGUUUUAUAUUCGCUAAAACGUCUUGGAACACAAUAGUUUUUCUUUUAUAUACGAUUGUACGUUUCGCGCGUUACAAGUGUCUCCUUUCGUGAUGAAAUUAAAAGAAAAACUCGACACAGUUAUCUUCAUUGAUAGCUUCCUUAGAUUCUACUCUAGUUCACGUUUACCGACGAAAUUUCACUUAGAGUCAUCUUUUUUUUUUUUAUAUAUAAAAAU